GUUUCAGGUGGCCUGGGGAAGGAUCACGUGCCGUGGGGGCGGGGCCGGAGAAGCAGCUGGCGAGGUUGGCGUUCGGUGGGUACAGCUAGAAGCUGAAGUAAAUAAUGCACCAAUGAUUGAGUAUUGCCAGGCUUUCUUAACUCAAUGACAUCUGUGCCAAUGAUACCAGAAUCUUACAGCCAUGUAUUGGCAGAACUUGAGUGUUUGGAUCCAUUGCUUUCUGCACUCAGGUUGGAUUCUAGUCGUCUGAAGUGCACAUGUAUAGCUGUGUCUCGGAAAUGGCUGGCUCUGGGCAGUUCAGGAGGGGGAUUAAACCUGAUUCAAAAAGAAGGCUGGAAACAGAGGCUGUUCCUCACUCAUAAGGAAGGUGCCAUUUCCCGGGUCGCCUGUUGUUUACAUGAUGAAGAUCAUGUUGCUGUUGCCACCAGUCAAGGCCUUGUAGUGGUCUGGGAACUCAAUCAGGAGCGUCGUGGAAAGCCAGAGCGGAUUUAUGUUUCCACUGAGCACAAAGGCAAAAAAGUCACAUCUCUUUGUUGGGAUACAGCCGCACUUCGAGUUUUUGUAGGAGAUCAUGUGGGAAAGGUGUCUGCUAUCAAGAUUAAUACAUCCAAACAAGGGAAGGCAGCAGCUGCUUUUGUGAUGUUUCCAGUUCAGAUUAUAACCACUGUUGACUCCCGUGUAGUUCAACUUGAUUAUUUGGAUGGAAGACUGCUUAUUUCUUCACUUACUCGCUCCUACUUGUGUGAUACUGAGAGAGAGAAAUUCUGGAAAAUUGGUAACAAAGAAAGAGAUGGAGAAUAUGGUGCCUGUUUUUUCCCAGCUGGAAAGAAUUGUGGGAGCCAGCAGCCAUUAAUAUAUUGUGCACGUCCUGGGUCAAGGAUGUGGGAGGUGAACUUUGAAGGGGAGGUGCUAAGUACCCAUCAAUUCAAACAGCUGCUCUCGUCGCCUCCUCUCCCAGUUAUUACUCUAAGGUUGGAUCCUCAGUAUAAUACUUCCGCCUGCUCCCUCCAGUCUUUGUCUUUCCCAAAACUGUUAUAUUUGACCGAGCAUUGUGUUAUGACGUGGACAGAAAGGGGCAUUUAUGUCUUCAUUCCUCAGAAUGUUCAAGUUUUACUUUGGAGUGAAGUAAAAGAUAUCCAGGAUAUAGCAGUGUACAGAAAUGAGUUGUUCUGUCUGCAUACGAAUGGAAAAGUCUCGCACUUCUCUCUUCUGCUAGUAGAGCGUUGUGUAGAACGUCUGCUAAGAAGAGGUUUCUGGAGUCUUGCUGCCAGAGUCUGCUGUCUCUUCCAGAACUCUAUUAUUUCCUGCAGAGCAAGAAAAUUUUUGCCUCUAGACAAACUAGAGCAUUUGAAAUCGCAGCUGGACCUCUCAACCCAAAGUGAUGUCAUUAGCCAACUGGAAGAAUUGAUAUCAAAGCUGGAACCUUUAGAUUCUGCAUGCAGCAGCAGAAGGAGCAGUAUUUCAUCACAUGAAAGUUUCAGUGUCUUAGACUCUGGAAUUUAUCGUGUUAUUAGUCGAAGAGGCAGUCAGUCAGAUGAAGACUCUUGUUCCUUAAACAGCCAAACAUUGUCAGAAGAUGAGAGACUUAAAGAGUUUACUGCACACCACGAAGAAGAGCAGGUGGAGCUUGACAACGCAUCUCAUGCUUCUGUGGUGGUUGAGACUGAUCGGAAUGAGACUUUUCUCCCAUUCAGUAUUCCAUUGUCAUUUCGUUCACCAUCUCCUCUGGUCUCCCUCCAAGCUGUCAAGGAAAGUGUUUCCAGCUUUGUACGUAAAACUACUGAAAAGAUUGGCACCCUUCAUAUGAGUCCUGAUGUCAGAGUGAGGCAGGAAAUGAAAGAUGAUGAUGAUGAGUCUCAUGAAGUGACUGCUAGUAUAGCUGCAUACUCCCAGGAAGAAGAUGAAAACGAUUUGGAACUACAGAGCCAGCCUCAAGAAGAGGACCGGCUAAGAGAUCUCAAGAUAGCAACGACAGAAGCUAUAAACAAACUGCAAGAUCCACUGGUUUUGUUAGAACCACAAUGCUUGAGAGGAGUUUUGCAGGAGUGGUUUUUGUAUCUGGAAGAAACAUUUGGUUUCAAAGAACCUUCCUUUUCAGAUGACUGCUUAUCCAUUAAGAAAGAUAAGAAUGUGCUUGCUGAAGAACAGAGUGAGGUUUUAGAAGAAAAUAUUGAACCAGAUCAACACAGUGAAGAUCAUGUAGGCAAAGGACAGACAGAUGCCUUGCAAGGAAAUACUGGACAGGAUCAAACUAGCGAAGCUCAUUUUGGCAGAGAAGUAUGUGAAAACAAUGCCAAUUCAAAGGGAGCCUCAGACCAUGUUUUUCAAGUGUAUCCUCCAUGUCUCAUAGCACGCGAUAUUCAAAAGGACCUAGUAGAGUUGACAACAUUAUGUUUUGAAUUAAAUGUGUUUCCUUGCGAGAAUGGGAAUGCGAAAGAAAGUGCUGAACAGGAUUUACAGCUAACAGUGUCAUGGGUCUUGGCUUGUCGGUUCAUAAAGGACUAUUUCUUUCUCUUGGAUUUAAAAAGACUGAAGCGAUGUAUUACAAUCAAUUACACUAGCAGUCCCAGUGUUUGGGAAACUUACAUUGAAGGAUUGAAAGAACUGACUCACGCUAGUCCAGUGACUUUGGCAAUGGAAAAUGGAGAUAUGUUGAAAAUAUUAAAACUGUUAAAUGACUUGGGGCCCUGGGAUAGUCCUCUGUUAUUGGCACAUGCUCAAAGGCUCUAUGAAAAGUUUGGGGAAACAGCUGUAAGGCCCUUGAUCAAGUUCUACCCAUCAAUCUUGCCCUCUGACAUCAUGCAGCUUUGUAGACAUCACCCUUCCCACUUUUUAGCAUAUUUAGACAGCCUUGUUAAAUCAAAGCCAGAAGAUGAAAGGUUGUCCCUGCUUCAGUCUCUUCUUAAUCCUGAAGCAUUGCGACUGGAUUGGCUGUGUUUGGCAGUUUCCCAUGAUGCGCCACAAAGAACAAAUACGGUAGAUGCUGAAGGAAACCCUAGGUAA